AUGGUGCGGCUGUGCGCGCUGCAGCCCGCCGCGCCGCCGCGCGCCGCCCCACCCGCCGCCCACCGCGCCUGCCGCCCGACGCGCCCGCUGACGCGCCCACGCCCGCGUCCGCCGCAGCGCCCGCGCCCGCGGCCGCCGCGCUGCCGCGCCGCGCGCAAGCCGCGCUUGCGCGCUCGCCGCCACCGUGCCCGCUUUCUCGCCGCGCCUGCCGCACCCACAGUGGCGCGGCAGCGGCGCGCGGGCGCGGCGCGGUGGGGGCGGCGGCGAGGCGCGGUGGGGCGCGCGGUGCGGUGGCGGUGCGACGCGGCGGCGCGGCGCGGCGCGGCGGAAGGGCGCGGCGCAGCAGGCGCGGGCACGCGGCGCGCACGGCGCGGUGGGCGCGCCGGGCGCGCGGCGGGCGCGGCGGGCGCGCGGCGCGGCAGCGGGCGCGCGCGGCGCGGCACGGCGGGCGCGGCGGUGAAGCUGGCGUGGCGGCGGAUCGGGCGCAGCGAGCGAGAGCGCGGCGGCGCGGCGGGCGCGCGGGCGCGGCGGGCGCGGGAGCGCGGCGGCGCGGCGCGGCGCGGGCCCGGGCGCGGGGCGCGGCGGGCGCGGGCGGGCGGCGGGCGCGGCGGGCGCGGCGGCGCGGCGCGCGGCGAGCGCGGCGAGCGCCGGCGCAGCGGGCGCGCGGGCGCGGCCGGCGCGCGGCGGGCGCGCGCGGGCGCGGUGGCGUGGGCGCGGGGCGUGGCGGGCGGUGGGUGCGGCACGCGGGCGCGGUCGCGCGUGUGGGCGCGGCGGCGCGCGCGGGCGGGGGCCGGCGCGGCGGGCGCGGCGGGCGGGCCGGGCGCGCCGGGCGCACGGCGAGCGCGGCGAGCGGGCGCGGGCGGCGUGGGCGCGGCGGGCGCGGCAGGCGCGCCGGGCGCGGGGCGGCGCGGUGGCGCGGCGGGCGCGGGCGGGCACGGCGCGGCGGGCGCGGCGGGCGCGGCGCGCGCGAGCGCGCGGCGCGGCGGGCGGCGCGGGCGGGCGUGGCGCGCGGCGGGCGGCGCGGGCGCGGUGGGUGCGGCGGAUGCGGCGCGGCGCGGCGGGCGGGCGGCGCGGGCGCGCGCGGGCGGCGGGCGCGGCGCGGCGUCGGCGAGCGCGGCGGCGCGGCGGGCGCGGCGGCGCGGCGUGCGCGGCGGGCGCGGCGGCGGGCGGCGCGGCGAGCGCGGCCGCGGCGCGCGGCGCGCGGGCGGCGGCGCGCGCGCGGCGGGCGCGCGGCGCGGCGGGCGCGGCGGGCGCGAGGCGGCGAGGCGCGGCGAGCGCGGGCGCGCGCGCGGGCGCGGCGCGCGCGGCGAGCGCGCAGCGCGGCGCGGCGGCGCGGCGGGCGCGGCGGGCGCGGGGGCGCGGGUGCGGCGAGCGCUGCGGGCGGCGCGGGGCGUGAUGCGGCGGACGCGGCGCGGCGCGGGGCGAUGUGCGGCGGCGGGCGUGGGCGUGCCCGGUGGGCGGUGGGGCGGCAGGCGCGUGGCGCCGCGGGCGCUGCGCGCGGCGAGCGCGGUGGGCGCGGGGGCGCGGCGGGCGCGGCGGGGGGGGGCCGGGAGCGCCGGGCGCGCGGCGAGCGCGGCGAGCGCAGCGGGCGCGGGGCGGCGCGGCGGGCGCAGCGGGCGCGGCGGGGCGCGGCGGGCGCGGCGGGCGCGGCGGGCACUGGCGCGGCGGCGCGGCGGGCGCGGGCGCGGCGGGCGCGGCCCGGGCGCGGCGGGCGUGGCGGCGUGGCGGCGUGGCGGCGCGGGCGCGGCGGGCGCGGGCGCGCGGCGAGCGCGGCGGGCGCGGCGGUGCGACGGGCGCGGCCCGGCGGGCGCGGCGAGCGCGGCGGGCGCGGCAUGCGCGGCGGGCGCGACGGGCGCGGCGGGCGCGGUGGGCUCGGCGGCGCGGCGAGCGCGGCGAGCGUGGCGAGCGCGGCGCGCGCAGGCGGGCGCGGGCGCGGCGCGCGGCGUGCGCGUGCGCAGGCGCGGCACGGGCGCGGCGGGCGACGGGCACGAUGGCACGGCGGGCACGGCGGGCGCGGCCGCUCGGCGAGCGCGGCGGGCGCGGCGAGCGCGGCGGGCGCGGCGGGCGCCGAUCUCGAUCGUGAGCAACUCAUCGCCAGUGGUGGCGCUGACCACCGUCACAGUUGGCAUGGCGUGCGUUCGGGUGGAAGCGGAUCCCCCGGUUUCCCGGUGA